AAUACACAUGCUCUAUCCUAACUUGUCAAAAGACGAGCUUAUCGCAGUUUGAUUUCAGCUAUGCACAUGUAAUGUGGGUGUCAUAGUUUCUAUGAGCGUCUUAACUAUAAAUGAGUCUAUAUGAAAAACAUCUGAACACCCAUCAUAGAUCUCUAUUGAGAAAACACUUCGGCUGAUUAAUUAACUAAUAUAUAUGAAAUUAUCAUUUUAUAUUUCUUUCCUUAUUAUAUAAGAACUUUGAAUUCGAUCAUAAAUAAAAAAAACUAGUAGAAAUAAAAUAAAUAUUUAGAAUUCGUACCCCACUCAUAUACGGAAGCAGUCACUCCAACUCUGCACAUUACCAAGAGAAAAACUGAAAAAUAUCAUGGUAACACUUUCUCCCCAAACGGAAAUAAAACAAAACAAAUGCCAACAAAUUAAAUCGCAAAGCCCAUCAGUAUGACAUCAACUAACUAACGACCUUCGCAUCAAGUCUGAACAGUGAACACAGAUACACCACCUGACCAAUAUAAAAAUAAUAACAAUUAAUCAAUAAUCAUAUCCUUAAUUUCUAAUGAAUUAUAAUAAAAAAAAUCAUUACCACACUCAAAUCAUAAUUAUAAAUUAAUUCCCCACAAAUAAUUACACGUAGAUACAUACCCUGGUAGUACUUUUCCUUUACUGAUUUGGAACAACAAAUAAUUCUAAAUCCAUAGAGGAAUAGUUAAGAAGCCGCGACUUAAUUAUAAAGCUCUCGCCCUCAAUUGCAACAUGGAGAUCAUACGGUCCCCGUGAACCACUAACCACCACCGCGCGCCACCAACAUAGCUAAUUUUCACUACAACUCAAAUCGAUCUCCUCUUCCACCGCCGCCGCCGCCGCCUUCCCAUAGCAAUAAAUAUGACGGCCAGUACCACAGUCGAGGCCAUCGCCAAGACCAAGAAACGACGCCGCACCACUUACCACGGCCGCGACAAGAAAGUGCUAGUCUUGGCGGAACUCCCACUUUUCCCUCUCACUCCCGGCGACCUCAACCCGCCCCCAAACCCCGCCGCUCCUGCCGCCGGCGAUCCGGACGUCGUCGACGACGCAUUAUUAAUGCUCCGCUUGGGCAUUAAUAUUCCUAGUAAUGAUCAGCCGAAUAUGGUGGUAGUCGGGCACGAGCAGGCGGCGGGGGCGGCGAUGGUGGAGGAGGAGGAGGAGGUGGCGUGGACGAUAAGGAAGGUGUUGACGAAGAGCGACAUCAACGACUGCUCGAGGCUGUUGAUAGCAAACGACUUGGCGCGGCAGCACGUGUUUCCCUACCUGACGGCGGAGGCGGCGGAGAGGGUGGAGAGCGGCGGGUGCAAGGCGGAAGGGGCGGCGGACGUGGUGGUUUGGGACGUGGACACGAGGUCAGAGCACCGGCUGCAGUUCCGGAGGUGGAACUCGACCCGGGGCUACGUGUUCAACAAUGAGUGGACGGGAGGGUUUGUGAGGAGGAGGGAGCUCAAGGAAGGUGACGAGGUUGGUCUCUGCUUUGACGGCCGACGUGGACGGUUCGUCUUCUCCGUUCUUAACCGGGCAGCAAAUUGAUUGACUUAUCAGGAGAGAUUCGCUGAUUAGGGAUGUUGAUUUGUUUGAUUUCUAGAUGAGCAAGCUAGGUGCGUUGGGUAUCUUUUGGUAAUUCCCUGUACGUGUUGUCAAAUAUUAGCAGUACAGAAGAUAAAUUGGCAGGGGAUUUUGUUUGUUGUUAAUGAUAAUCUACAUAUUUUUGUUUUUUCUACAAUUGGUGGUUGGUCACUGUCUCUCCUAUAUGAAUAUUCCUGUACUUCUAGUUCUAUCUGGAGAAAUUUUACAAUGCUAUAUAGUAUUGGUGCUAUAGAUUUUUACUUUUAUGGUACAACUUCAAGUUGUACUUUUAACGUUAUGGUAGAACUUCAGCUUGUACCUAUACUAUUUUACAAAUUCUUUUAUGGUACAAUUUGAACUUGUACCUUUAUCUGAUGGUACAACUUAAAGUUGUGAAGUUGUACCAUAACAUAAAGGAAUAAAUUUAUU